UUAAUUAAACAACUUAUGUAUUUUGGAAAUUACAAAGAAGCAACUCAUGGCAAUCCAAACUAUUUUCUAACUUAUGGAAAUGGGAAAGCAGCUGCCAGGGUUCAGGAUCAUCUCCGUCCUAAUGGUGCACAUAGAUGGCACAACUAUAUGAAGACACCUAAUGAGAUCAAGUUGGAAGAAGCUGCUGUUCUGCAUUACACUUACACCAAAUUUUCUGAUUUGACUUCAAGACGUGAUCGGUGUGGCUGCAAGCCUACAAAAGAUGAUGUAAAAAGAUGUUUCAUGUUAGACUUUGACAGAGCUGCGUUCAUAAUUGCUUCAACUGCUACGGAGGAAGAAAUGCUUCAAUGGUACCGUGAACACAUUGUGUGGAUAGACAAAGCACUAACGAUGAAACUUAUUAGAAAAGGCAUCUUAUCUCGCAUUUAUGCUCCCAUGGUAAGAUUCAUUUUCUCAAAUUUCCUUUCUGGUUUCUACUCAAGCGAUUUAUACUGUUACCUUACAGUUCUUAGAGAACGUCCAAACUUUUCUUCCAAAACAUUGCUUUUGCAGGUCAUUAUGCAAAGUUUGAGAGAAUCUGGUGUUUUUAGCUCGGUGAUUGCGAAAGCUGCUCAGACAACAACAUCAAAAGACAAAUUUUUAAAGUCUGUUGAGAGUAGCAAUUCAACUAGGAAUGACAGAUCAGAAAUGAUAUCUUCUAGAAAAAUUGACGCUGGUGGAGUAUCCCAAACAAUUGCAAGAAGAAUCUUGGAGGUUAUAGAUGAUUCAAUUCCCUCUGCAAUUCCACCAUUAUCUCCACCCAGCUAUGAUGAUGCUGACUUCCAUACGUCCUAGAUUUCGACUGACUCCUUGCCAUGGCCAUAAAUUCUGGAGAUUUUUUUAAAAGAGGCAACGAUAGAAGCACGUCUGGCUGUCAUGAUGGGCAUAUCAGUUUUAGGAUUCAUGGGUUUUUUCCCGAUCAUUACCCAAGCGCUUAUGUAAAUUUCAGGUGUAGAGUGUAGGCUUAGUGUAGGCAUCAUACAGGGCAGACUUUUCUAUCUGCUCAUUAUUCUUUUCCUAUUUCUUCUGGGCAGAUUGGCUGCUAUUGUAAUGGAAACCAGAGGCCUAUUCUAUUUUUUGUUCAUACACAUUGAGAGAGGCAUGCUAUACAUUAUACAUACAGGUUGAGAUUAUCUCUCCCAGUUGGAAAAAGGAGAAAUGAUCCAUACAAUGAAAAUGAUAUCUUGCCAAUUUUUGUAGGCA